AUGGUGCCGGGGAAGGCUGGUGGCUUGCUGUCUGCUUUCUUCGGUACCAAGACCAUCCUCCCUCGAUCCGACACCAGACAGCGUGCCCUGAUCAGCAUCGAUGGACCGACAAAGAAAUGGCAAAGGCGACGAAUGGCCUGGAUCCAAACGGACAGAGGUUCGCCUCUCCAGCCGCCAAAAGAAAGAAAUGGCCACACUGCAGCUUCCUGGUCCACCCUCGAUCCGACCCAGGGACGCCGGGGCACGCCAGCGUAUGCGGCCGAUGCCACCAUGGGUUACCUGUUCGAGUUUCCGGUGUGGAAGGAGCUGCCACUCUCGAACGUUCUUAUCCAGAUGCAAGAGAAGCCCGAGUUGAUCCACUUGGCCAAAUGA